AUGGAUGGAAACCACUACUUUGGGACGAUAAGCCCCUUCCAUCUACUUCCAUUGCCUGGGCUUCCCAAUGACCCCGCACAUUAUCCUUCCUCCAAUGUAGGAGUAAAUUUGCUAAUCCUCUACACCACCGGGCAAUUGCGCGACAUGACAAAGAGCGCAUCCAGUCAAGCGUCACUCGAUGAGCCAGUGUGCGGAUUGCCAAACGAUGAGCGCGGGGCUGCCGUCGGCGAAAGGGAGGGUGUUGAGGAAGAGUGGAAGACAAUCAGACUCAAAGUCGACGUGCGACUGUGCAGUAUUGCAGGUGUUCUCUGCAGUCUGAACCUACUGGACAGUGGGGUCAUCUCGUCGGCGUCGGUUACAUCCAUGCUUGACGACCUGGACCUGAAUGUUGGCAACAGAUAUUCAAUUGCCAUUUUCAUAUUCACGAUAGCCUCGAUUACCUUCCAGCUUCCCUCGACUAUUGCUGUUCGUACCUUUGGACCGAGAAUUUGGUUCGCCUCGAUCACCUUCUGCUUUGGUAUCAUCACCCUAGCCACGGCGUUUGUGCAGACGUGGAGGCAGAUGAUCGCACUUCGAGUCUUGCUCGGAAUCACCAUGUCUGGCAUCUACCCAGGCUUGACCUAUCUCAUCUCGACUUGGUACACGAGGAAAGAGCAGCAGGUGCGCUUUGCGCUCAUGCAGAGUGGAGAAGUGAUUGUAUUGGCGACGGGCGGGAUAGUAAACUUUGCGGUCAACAACACCUUGGACGGCACCUAUCUCAAGGGCUGGCAGUGGAUGUAUCUAGUCCAGGGGUCUAUAACAGCCUUUAUAGGCAUCCUCACGUACUGGUGGAUGGUCGACUUUCCCGAACAUGCACACGCAUCCUUCCACUUCCUGACUCCCGCGGAGAGCGCACUCGCCUCUGGGCGAAUUGAGAAAGAUCGUGGAGACGUUGAGCCUGACCCGUUUACCUGGUCUAAGCUCUUGAUGCAUGCCAAAGACAUCAAAGUCUACGGGUUUUGCACAUUGUACUUGUUGCAGAAUUUGGUCUCGACUUCAUUGUCCUACUUCUUGCCCAUUAUCCUCCAGGGCGGCAUGGGGUUCUCGAGCAACGAAUCCAUCCUGCUCUCCGCGCCGCCAUACUACUACGCAGUGGUAGCGGUAAUCUUCUCGUCCAUGGUCGGUGACAAAUAUCAGCUCCGUGGACCUGUCAUUAUAUUCAACAGUAUAUGCCUCAUUGUAGGCUUUUGCAUGCUCGGUUUUUCUGACCAGGUCACGGUUCGAUAUAUUGGCACAUACCUUGCAACUGGCGCCUACGUAGCUAAUUGGGCGGCGAUGGCAACUUACCAGGCCAACAAUAUUGUGGGACAAUGGAAGCGAGUCUGGACAGCUGCGCUGGUGACGGCGUUCAAUGGAGUGGGGGGCAUUGCUGGCAGUUUCAUCGUUCGGCAGCAGGAGAGUCCGAGGUACAUGACAGCCAUCUGGGUUAGCAUUGGCAGUCACAUCCUGAUCAUUGGUAUUGUGGGCCUUUUCUCAGCCUGGUUUUACAUUGCAAACCAGAGGCAGAGCAAAGGGAAGAUGGUGUUGGAGCGGACUGAGGGUUUUAGGUUUACCUAUUGA